AAAAAAAAAUAAAAUCUAUUCAAGAUAACAACAAAUUGAUUUACAUGUAUAAAAAUGUACGAAUAAAUAACAAAUAUUUUUCAUGUGUUUACGUCUGAUUUAGUGUUGCAUGUUGUAUUGUGGGAAACAGACGUUGUGGAAAAUCUGCAUAUCACGAAGUGGUGGUUUAUUGAACGAGGCACCAUCAGUCUCGAUGCAAGUUGCGAUAAUCUCAUUGUUAUUCACGUCAUAAUACAGUUGAAUGUGAUUGUUAACCACGACGUUGAUGGCCAAGUUCGCGCUAGUAAACAAAUGGACAAUGUCAAAGUGUAUUUAUUGAGCGUGUAAUAUAAUAACUGAUGACAAUUUGAAACAAAUCAUAAAAUGAUUUUUAUUUGCUGUUGCUAUAAAAAUACCGGUUAACAUUUUGACAGUGCCGCAGAAAUCAUUGAUGAAAUGUGAAUAAUUUUUCAUGCUAUUUAGCCAGUGUUAUAACUGUUAUUGUUAUUUAUAUAAUUUAAAAUAAUUUUUUAUCUUAUUUGGAUAAUCAUCUAUCGGAACUGCUAUUUUUUAUCAAUCAGAAUAUAACGAAACUUUUGAUAAUAUUAUUAGUAAAAAAAUAAUAAAGUGGAUCUAAAACCGCAAAAUGAAAGCUCCACUAAUUCUAUUUGGUGGGAUAAUUGUUCUUUCUCUUGCUGUAGCGAGAGCACUUUCAUGUGUUUGUUCACCAUUAGAAUGUGACGUUCUCACUGAAGAGGAUUGUCCUGGGGGACUUACUUGGGACCCUUGCAAGUGUUGCAAAGUUUGUGCUCGAGUUGAAGGUGAACCUUGUGGUGGACUGUUUGGGUUUUCUGGCCGCUGCGCGGUCGGGCUACAGUGCGUCAUUAAAAAUCUUCGUCCACCUGAUGAAUUAGAUGAAGGAAUUUGUUCAAAGAUUCCUGGGCGGUGGCGUAGGCACUGUCCACAUGGCCCUACAAUGUCUGGACCAGGAUGCAAUCUCAUAGGCGAUGGUACAUCGAACGACAGCAUUCAUCCCGAAAAUGCAGGAAGAUGCGUUUGUGGUUCGUCAGUACCUUGGUGCCCUGGUGAGCCUCAUCCGUAUGUGUUUGCAACACGUCAUGAAUGUAAGCUUAAUCUUGCUGCAAAGAUAGCGUACGACGAUGUUGUCAAUGCACCUGAGCCUCUAACGUCUGAAAGUAUUAAUGGAUCAAAAUGUCCGGAAGACAGUGUAUCAAACGAAGAUAAUGGAUGUAAAUGUGUAUCACCAUGUCCACCGCACAAAUGUAAACAAGAUGAAAGGCCAGUUCAAAUAAGACCUGCAGUAUCAGAAACUCCGGGAAGUUGUUGUGCUUUAUACGAUUGCGUUCCUUCAGAAUCGAUAUCUUGGGUUGGAGGAGAUGAUGGACUUCCCAAAGGCUGUAUAGAUGAUUCUGGCUUACCCCGAGAUAUUGGUGAUCAUUGGCAACAAGGUUCUUGUGUAAAUUGCACGUGUGAAGAUGUAAACCAGAUGGGAAGUAUUUCUUGUCAUUCAACGAUGUGCAAAAGUUGCGAAAGUGCUGCGCCAUUAAUCGAAGGAGAAUGUUGUCCGCAUUGCCUUGAACAUACCAAUGAUUCCCAAGUCUUUACUACUACCCCCGAUGUACCUGAUGAGACUUGUGAUUCUCUUGAGAGCUGUGAGUUACCUUGUCAUCUUCGCGCUGUUGACAAUCUUCACAGUUGUCCUGCUUGUGAAUGCCCAACUGACAUCGAGAAUACAGUGAGCCUGGAUCCAACAGACAAAAUUUGCCCCGAGCUACUGCACUGUGGUCUGAAUUGUGUGCUUGUAAAGGACCAGGGCGGUUGUCCUGUUUGCGCUUGUGAGAGCAGUCUUGAACAUGACGCUACUGCUAUCCCAGUAAACGUUCCUGGAACUCCAGUUGAGAAGGACGACUCGGGAAUCAUCUGUCCGCAGCUCAAAUGCGAUUUGCACUGUGAGCAUGGUCUUGUCAUGGAUGAAAACGAUUGUACUCUCUGCCAGUGUAAGCCUCAGGCAUUCAGUUGUCUACCGCUUAUUGAAUGCAAGAAGAAAUGUUUAUACGGUUAUAAACUCAAUCGACGUGGUUGUUCGAUGUGUCGCUGCCGUGCAUUUUGUAUUGACCAUCAAAAUCGUACACAUCUGGAAGGUUCAUCCUGGAAUCUGGACGCUUGUACGUUUUGUACAUGCGAUCUAGCUGGUAGACUUAUCUGUAAAGAAACGGUGUGUUCUGUUGCGUGUUUAAAUCCUUUACCACCAAGAGACGACACCUGUUGCCCUAUUUGCCCUAUCAACCAAAAUGUCUACAAUAAAAAUGAGACUCAUCACAGUACUAGAGGAGGCUGGGGAGUAGUUCCCAUGACUUUGAUAGCUGUUCUAACAUUUCUCUGCGCAGUUCUCAUGAUCUUCUUGGUAAGAGGACGAUUUCGUGGACGACUUUCUCCUUCAACAAAUCUUUAUACCUCGUACCCGGCUCAAUAUUAUAAAUGUGUGCCGGCUUACGAAACUCCGAUACAUCAAAAUGAAAAAGUUGUACCUUUGUAAGAAAUUUCAAUACCAAGAUUAUGGAUUCAAAUAAUUUGUUGAUGGAUAAUAUUCCAUGUAUAAGUAUGUAUUCAAGAACAUUAACAAAGUACUAAAUUUAUAAAAUAAAUGAGCAAUUGAUAUAUAUUAGGGUACGUUAUUUCAAAGCAGCAUCUUUUUUUCUUAGGUUUAUGUGAAAAAAAAUUGAAGUUAAUACAAUAAAAAAUUUUUCGCACAAGAAAAAAACUUGUAUAUCGAUUACAGACCUAGCUCAUUGAAAGAUUCAAUUUCUCAUUUUAAUAACACGGGAAAUUUUUUAACUUCCCGCUAAGAAAAUCGAUGACUUUCAAAAAAUUCGGGAAGUUAUUGUUUUCACUCCGAUUUUCGAAAAUCGAGUUUUCAUCAGAUGUCGACGUUUUGAGGUCCUAGGAAGCUAUUCUGACUAUUUUCAGAAUGAUGUCCAAGUGGCUGUAUGUAUGUAUGUGUGUGUGUGUGUGUGUGUGUGUGUGUGUGUGUGUGUGUGUGUGUGUGUGUGUGUGUGUGUGUGUGUGUGUGUGUGUGUGUGUGUGUGUGUGUGUGUGUGUGUGUGUGUGUGGGUGUGUGUGUAAAU